CACACGCACACACACGCUCACUGAGCUUCUCUCCGGUGGAGGAGAAGAGGGAGAGAGAGAGCGAGAGAGAGAGGGAGCUCAGAUGAACACUGAAGUGAGAGAGAGAGCGCGCGCGACUAUAGGAACGCAGCGGCCCGUGUGUGUGUGUGCGUGUGUGUGUGUGCAGGUACGUACGCUCGGUGGCUAGAAACGACUGGCGGGGCGGAUAUGGAGGGUCGCGGGAGAAACGCUGGGAACUGACCAAGGAGCCGAGAAGAAGGACGGACGCGGAAGGAAGGAAAGGAGGCGAGAAAAGUCUGCGAGUGGAGAAGGGAACAUAAGGAGGAUUCUAAGAAGUGAGCCCUGGGCUGGAUGGGACCCACCAUGCCCCCCAGUAAGAAGGCUCAGAGCCCCAGCAGUGGAGCCAGUGCUUCGCAGGGCAUGAGCCCACCGUACCGACAGGGCGACGCCGUCACGGCAGCAUCGGAGGCGGAGGCGGCCGACCUUUCCUUGUCCUUGUCUGCCUCUUUCUCCAAAGCCGAGGACGAGGAACUUACAAGUCUCUCUUGGCUCCACGAGAGCACAGACCUGCUCAACAGCUUCAGCCACUCUGGGCUUCGUAGUGUGUCCCCGUUGCAGGACCCAGACGGUCAGCACCCUCGCUCGCCUUCUUCCUCAUCACCGUCCCCGGACGACCCCCUGCUCGGCGAUGCCCACUCGGCGUACGACUUGGCGACCGGUGCCAACAGAAAACCUCCGUACUCAUUCAGCUGUUUGAUCUUUAUGGCCAUUGAGGACGCUCCAAACAAACGGCUGCCAGUGAAAGAUAUUUAUGGCUGGAUCCUGGAGCACUUCCCCUAUUUUGCCAGCGCCCCCACAGGCUGGAAGAACUCUGUACGACACAAUCUUUCGCUUAACAAGUGCUUCAAGAAGGUGGACAAAGAUCGGAGCCAGAGCAUAGGCAAAGGCUCGCUGUGGUCAAUAGACCCAGACUAUAGGCACAACCUGAUCCAGGCCCUGAAGAAAACGCCCUAUCAUCCUUUCUCGCCAGGCAUGAGUGCCCCGUCCAUCUCCCCUCCCAUCCUUCCUCAGACAUUUCAUCAAAGUCCUCCAUUGUGGUCGGGGAGUCCCCUCUUCAGAAAGAACGGAGGAGUUCUCCUACAAGUUCCUCGUGGCGUGAUCCAAAAUGGCGCCCGUGUCCGGAGCCAGGCCCUCUUCCCGGUAAUCAGACCCCUUCCAGUCAGCCCGGUGGGGAGCAGAACGUCCGCCAUAAGAUCAUGUGUGGGAGAUUACCUGAACCGAGGACACGACAGCCCGUCGCGCUACUCUCCUCCCCUGUGCAGCGAGGACCUUCAGGACGACCACACCUACAGCACAGCCAAGUCUCCCAGCAGGCUUUGCUCUUCCCAAGCCACGCUGGAUGAUGACGACAUCAUCGCCGUGGAGAUCGAAUCCGAUGUCAAACAGGAGCCAAGGGAGAUCCCCCUGGAUCCUCUGGUCGGCAACGCGGCGGCCACCCACAAUUCCCAGCAGCCGCCGCGCGGACAGAGACGUACUUUGGGCACGGGCGCCGGGACUCCUGCGGGGAGCAGUCUGCCCUGGACCAAAAGCCGAGCGAGGGGGGUUAGCGACACGCUGCCGCUGAAGAAGCGGCGAGCGGCGGCGGUGGAGAAGCCAGAGAGCGACGACGAGGAGAUGAAGGAGGCGGCGGGGUCAUUGCUUCACCUGGCGGGGGUCAGAGCCUGCCUCAACAACAUCACAAACCGCACUGCCAAGGGCCAGAAGGAGCAGAAAGAGCCCCUGAGAAACUAAAAAAAAAGACAAUGCAAACACCUACAAGCGCACACACACACUUCAACACAACAGGUCAACAGGUAACACUUAUCAUCUCCCUCUAUCUAUCUGCAGGGCAUUAGGUGAAUCCUACUUAUUUGUGGCAAUAUCAAAAAUCUAUGUUUUCCUACAUGUUCAGCAACACUAACAUCAAUGGGUAUUUCUCAUGUGUCUCUGUUGUUUCUGUUGUUAAAAAGGGGAUGAAAGCCAUAAAAACAAGCAUGUUUUGUCACCGAUUUGGACAACAUAACAAGCAGGAGAUGGCUGUUUGUCUUUUGGUGUUUGUUUCUAUGUGAAUCUGUAGCAAUCGUGCGGUGAGGCCAGCGGAGAUGGCACAGAAAAACCAGACGUCGAUCUCUUUGCUGCUCACUAGCAUCACUCUCCUGUAACCACGAGCACAAAUGUGAGACUGUGCCAAAGAGAAGCGACCAGGUUGCUUCAUGUAGCCGAUACGACAGCUUGACAUAAAAAAAAAAAAGAAAGAAAGAAAGGAAGAAGGAGGGCAUAGUAGGAGCGCUUACCAGAAUGACCUUACGUGUCAAAAGAAUUGUAAAACCCAAUGUGACAUAUAUAUAUAUACAUAUAUAUAUUCAUGCACUUAAGAUUAUUUUACACCACUUAUAGUUGAAGCAUUGUGGGGGGAAAACAUGGUUUAUUUCAGAAAGCACUCAUACUAUUUAAGAAAAGCUAUAUAAAAAAAAAACUAAAAAGCUCAUGAUUAUCACCAUAGAGAUGGAUAGUGUGCCGGGUCUGAGGCAAUAUCUCCUUCAUUUUGUUGUUGUUGUUGUUGUUGCAUAAUGUAAACGUCCCUGCGACUCCUCCCCCCCCCCGUCUGUCGAUAGACGCCUGGUAAAGAAACUGUAGCUACCAGAAGCUACCACACCUUCCUCUUUGUCUGACAAAGAACAUGAUCUGUGGGUUUUUUCUGUUGGUGUCUGUUAAUCCUCACUCUACCCUCAUAAAGAUAUAAGCAAUUUGUCCCGCGCGGGCAACUCUGUAAAAAGGUUAGAAAAUAUUUUAUUUUUUUCCUUUUCUUAAUUGAAGCAAUUUGACCUGCAGGACUUUCUCAGUUAUAUUGCAUGGGUGCUUGUAAAUAAGAUAAAAAGCAAAUCUUUUUUAUUCAAAGAACAUGUAAGAUAAACAAUGUAUUUAGCAUGAAGCAUGACUUAUUUUCAUAUAAACCUUGAUCCUAGAGGAAAGGAAAAAAAAAAAGUUUUGCCGCCAAUUCUUCUACCCAUGACUCGGAUGAUUUUUUUUUUUUUUUUUUUGGGUUCUGAGCGGGCUCACAGAAACUUCAGGAAGGAGAUUCAAGAGUUCAAGCGAUGGGCUUCCGUCUUCUUCGGCCCGUACGGUGAUGUAGGUGUUCAGUGUUAACCCCUAUGGAGUGUGUGAGCGCCCGAAACACACGCCCUUUAACAUCGUGCCUGCCUGCCCUCAGUGUGUUGACAGAACCUGUCGACGUACCUGUCAUUAUUUAUAACAGUAUUGUCUUUUUUUUUCUCCUCCUGCGUGUGUGUGUGUGUGUGUGUGUGUGUGUGUAUAUGUACAUUUGUCCUCCACUGAUGACUGUCUGGAACAGAUGGGCUUCAAAAACUAUAGGUGGUGUCCUGAUAGAACCUCAUAUCUGCAUAAAUGGCAACAAAAGGAAGACUUGAAAAGACUUGAGGCAACUGCGCUGCUCACAGUGUUGUCAUUCGCAUUCACAUAUUCUUUCUAUGGCUUUGAAAGAAACAGAAUUUUUGACGCCCAGUAUUGAUAUUGCAAUGGAGGCCAAACUAUUGCACUGCCAAAAAAAAAAACAGUAUUUUCCCCUCCCUCGCCAAUAAAUUAAUAUUAGAGCUGCUGAUAAGAGGAAUUAUUCCGUGAAUGAAUUUUAAGGUUGAUCAUUUUCUUCCGGAAGAGUGAAGACAACCGAUUGUUGUCGUUCCUGUUUGGAAUUUUGACUUUUUUUUUAUUGGGAAAAGCUCAUUCGAGGACUUCGAAAGUCGACAAAAGACUUGAUUCGUGCUUCCAGAAGGAUGCGACUUUCAUUGAACAAGUUUCUCUGUGGACCCAAAAAUCCACUAUAUCUAUUUAAGUCAAAUUUAAACACACUAAAUCAGCCAGAAGGUGGCAGUAGCAUUUCCGAAAAGGCUCGCACAAGCCUGUAGAACACGAGCAAGAAAGUCACCCAUCAAUUUUUUUGAAUUUUUAUUUUUAUUUUUUAAAUGAAAACUGUCAGAUAGACGUAAGCACGGAUGGAAACAUCGCAAUUAGGGCACUUGAACUUUAAAAAAAAAAAGCUGUCAGUCAAAAAGUGUCAAGAUUAAGACCAUAAUUAUGAGCAGCUCCACUGCGAACACCCUUCUGCUGGGUGUGUGCAGCGCUGUCUGACAGCUGUUUGUUUUGGCUGACGCUGUUUGGACUCCAGCGAAAUCCCGUGCACCGGUCGAGUAUUGCCACCUGUAGCAUGCACCAGCGGGUUUACAUUUUUCCUGCGUGCGACUCUGACAUUUGACGCGACGAUCGGUCAGCGCGGAAGCUGCCGCACGCCGACCCCUGUCUGAGUUCUGGGGGUCAAGCACCCGGCUGUGUUUGCAGUCACAAUCCACUGUUAUGGAUUGUUCUUCUGUUUGCGUGGAACAUGUCAAUGGAAGAUUCUGUUGCUUGAGCAAACAACUUUUUCUUCCCCUCUGACUCACUGGGUGACACGCAGGACAGAUGAUCUCUGUCCUGGUCUCAAAACAAGGUGAAACUAACUCACUGCCUGAAAAGUGUUUUUCGUAACUGCCCGCCAAACAAGCAGCGGAACGUAAACAGUUGCCAUUUUAUUUUUAUUUAAAUUACCUCUCGACGCACAUAUUUGUUGAAGUUUCUCCUGCCAUUAUUUCCGGGGUCUGUCUGAGCCGAAGUUUAGAAAGCCAUAGGUCAGAGAUGUCAAAACUGUUUGCCCAGAUGUGAGUUCAUCCAGGUGUUGGUGUUCCUUUUUUUUUUUUUUUUUUUAACCGGUAAAUGUUUAAUUCUCUCCUUUAUUGUGCAAUCAUAUUGCCAAAGAAUGAUUUCAAAACCUAUUCCAUCACUACAUGUAAAUAUCAACGUUGUCCAAUACCGUGGCAAAAAAAUAUAUAAAUGUUGUUUUAUUUUGUUUUCCAUUUUCUGAAAAACUACAAUGAUGUUUAUGUGCUGUAUUGUCUUCCAGUUGGUUGCAAUAAUAAAAAAAAAAAAUCA